GGCAGAGGAGGAUCACUGGAUUCAGUGAUCAGCUCUUGUCGAGCACAUUCAUUUGGCAGCGACACCGGCGAGUGUGUGUCUGUGGAGCUGUGCUCACUACUGCACCCAUCUUCACCAUCUCAUUGAAGCAUUGCAGGCAGAUCUCUCAAAAUGAUGGGUCACAAAAGGCUGCUUCUUGCCUGUGGCUCAAGGCUGGUCUCUCACAAUGGCUCUUUUUCAACAUCUGCCAUGGCUCACAAGAGCUACAAGCUGGUGGUGGUGGGAGGAGGUGCUGGAGGCUGUGCCACGGCUGCCAAGUUUUCCUCCAAGCUGGGUGCUGGCAGCGUGGUAGUGAUUGAGCCGGCUGACACCCACUACUACCAGCCCAUGUGGACUCUGGUGGGUGGAGGCAUGAAGAGGCUGGAGGACUCUGGCCGGCCCAUGAGUCAGGUCCUCCCCAAGAAGGCAGACUGGAUCAAGCAGCGAGUAGUGACCUUUGACCCUCAUAAGAACAAGGUCAUAACCCAGGAUGGCCAAGAGAUCAGCUAUGAAUUCCUAGUGGUUGCUCUCGGUAUUCAGCUCAAUUACAAUCAGAUCAAAGGCUUACCUGAUGCCUUUGAGACUCCUGGUGUGUGCUCCAACUACUCCCCUCAUUAUGUUAACAACACUCUAGAGAGUCUAAAGAACUUUAAAGAGGGAAAUGCUCUCUUCUCCUUCCCCAACACUCCCAUCAAAUGUGCUGGAGCUCCUCAGAAGAUCAUGUACAUUUCCGACCAAUAUCUCCGUAAGCAUGGGAAGCGUGAUAAGGCCAACAUCCAGUACUUCACUUCCCUGCCAGUCAUCUUUGGCAUCAAGAAGUAUGCUGAUGCCUUAUGGGAGGUGGUGAAGGAGCGAGACAUCACUGUCAACCUGCGCCACAAUCUCAUUGAGGUGAAGCCAGACUCCCGGGAAGCCGUGUUCCAGAACCUAGAAAACCCUGAUGACCUCAAGACUAUCAAGUAUGAGAUGCUUCAUGUGACACCCCCAAUGAGUUCACCAGACCCCCUCCGUCAGUGUGCCGCUCUCACCAAUGAGACGGGCUAUUUGAAUGUGAACAAGCACACUCUGCAGCAUGUCACCUUCCCUAAUGUGUUUGGCAUUGGUGACUGCACCAGUGUUCCUACCUCCAAGACUGCAGCCGCUGUGGCUGGCCAGUUUGGAGUGAUGAAGAGGAACCUGAGCCUGGUAAUGGGUGGUGCCUCCCCCAAACACCAGUAUGACGGUUACACCUCCUGCCCUCUAGUUACUGGUUACAACAAGUGCAUCCUGGCAGAAUUUGACAUGGAUGGGAAUCCACUAGAGACCUUCCCCAUCAACCAGGCCAAGGAGCGGCGCACCAUGUUCCACCUCAAGAAGGACAUGAUGCCAACCAUGUACUGGAAUGGAAUGCUUAAAGGCUACUGGGAGGGACCAAAGUACCUGAGAAAACUUAUGCACCUGGGAAUGAAGUGAAGAGAAAAAGAACACUUGAGUAAAUGUGUUGAUUAAAGUUUUAUUUUUGUAGUAAAAUUCAUUGAGGUAGGUGUCUGUAAAUAAAUCAGUAUUUUUUCAAUAAUCAAAAUAGAAUUGUGUAAAUUUUUGCCUUAAAUAAUUCUAUAGAGAGGUUGUUGAUGUAUUAAAUGUUUGAUUCUAAUUGAAACCUUUAAGAUAAUUUGAUUAAUUUUUGUAAAGGUUGUAGCAAAAAUAUGUUUUGUUUUAAUGAAUUAAUACAAUUUGAUUACAGUUGUAGAAUAUACUGUGAUAUUCAAUUAAGGAAGCCCGAGAUUAAUUCUUAAAAAAUUAGAAAUACAUUUGUUUAAAUAGACUAUGAAAAUGGGAAAUGAAAAGCUAAGCAAAACAAGUGUAUUGCAGGACUUGAAUGCUUUAAAAGUAUAUAUUCUGAAGGUUAUGUGAACAAAGACAAUUUUCGUGCAUUUAUUUUGUGAUAAAAGACAAGGUGUGGUUGAGAAGAAGACAGUCAGACAUACCCAGACCUGAUGUACAUGCCUUGUCUCUGCUCCUUUUCUGAGAGCUAAUAAACCUGAUAUAUGCCACACAGAAUAGAUGUAUUGUUAUUUUGUAUAUAUUCAAAUGGUGUUAUUGGUGCUUGUAGAAUGUUUGUUUAUAGAUUAUAAUACACAUACUGUCAUGGUAAAUAUGACAGUAAGUGAUAAACAUCAUUAUCUACUUAAUGCUGUGCUUUCGUACUCCAGUAACAAGUCCGUCUUUUCUUUUUCAAUAUUGCUUGUUUUACAAUCCAAUAUAGAUGAUAUAUUCAUUUUAGACUCACCUAUGUUAUGAUUAAACAAUCCUGAGUUAUUGUCUUCCAUACAGAUGCAUUAAUGGUUUACUAUAACCAUCUACUGUUCCACUAUUACUACAUGAAGAAGUCUUACCAAGUGCUGUGUAGUAAUUUCAUGGGAUAGUAAGACUCAGCCUAUAGGAAGGUUUUAUUAUACAGGAGGAGUGGAUGGUUCCACAUUAACUGUUAAGAAACAUGUAUACUCUGUUGGGGCCUGCAUAACAUGUAUAUUAGCACAACUGUUUACAGGUUUACUUUUAAUGAAUAGUACAGCAGUACUUGCUGAAAAAUGCUGAACUGCAAGAACUUAUGUGAGGUUUUUUCAAGUACUACACUUAGACUUUCAUCUUCUAUUCCACUUUUGCAUCUAUUGACAGGAGAGUCAUGGUUCAUCAAGAAUCACUUGGGCCUGGUGGUCUUUGCCUAAUUCUUUAUCAUGAGUGUUCUGAAAGCAUCCCACACCUUGCACUGUUCCUUCACAGGAAGUUCAUUUAGACCAACUCCUCCAUGUUCCUGUAAUGCACUGCAGGAGGAAUGGCAAUGGCAUUUACAUGUCUGCCAUUUAGUUCAUCUAUCUAGAUUUGAUUAGAUGUGUGUGCAUAAUUGUCCUUUCCUCAAUCAGUGCUUUUAUCCUAAGGCAUUCAUUCAUUCAUACAUAAUGGAUGCACUUGUUUCCAUAUUAUUAAUAGAAAAUAGACAAAUCUUCAAUACAUGUGCAGCAAUACAUUCUAGAUAAACAACAUAUGUAUAUGAUUAGAUUGAAUUUGUACUACUGAAUAGACUUAUUAUUUUCCCCAUAAUACACUUUAAGCAUUAUAAGUAUAUGAAUGUGGCAGUCCUGCUGCUCACUGCAGUGUAGUUUAAACUACUUGGAGUGCAACUGAGGUGCUCAACCAUAUAGCAAUGAGACAGAAUUUAGAGUGUAAAGCUCCAGAUUCUGUGUAUUAUAUUGGUCUUCAAGUAAUGAAUAUGAGGAUGAUCAAUUCACUCCUCUUGUUUCAUAAUGAGACAGGGCACAGAGGAGGAGGAGCAACAUAUGUUCUCCAGAUCCUACAGUGGAUGUUUUGUUUCAGCUGUGUAUUCUUUAAGAAGAUUGUUAGCUUGGUAUAUAGAUAGAUUACAUAACUGUACACCACACUCAUCAGUGUGUCCCUUUCACUUUAAACAACAUUAGUUGUCCUUCAUCACUAACUGCAAUAAGUUUUCACACUAGGUUAUCAACACUAAGUCCUUGAUAGCUCCCAUAACUUUCACAACAGGUCUCCUUCACUAAGUCCUUGAUAGCUCUUACUUCACGACAGGUUCCCUUCACCAAGUCUUUGAUAGCUCUCAUAACCUUCUUCUCUCACUGCCUGUCAUCCUCCAAGGUUUCCUGUUCUUUCCCUGAGUUCUGACAAAGAAUAUCCUGUUGUCCAUUGCCAUUUCUUUCAUAGGACGAGAGGGAAUCAUGAAUUCCAUGUUGUCAUGCAUGACUUGUGGUGGGAUGUGAUCUGUUCUUUGAGACGUGUACAGUAGCUCCAGAGCAAAAAUGACACAGGACGUCACCAUGCCGGCUAAGAGCAGCAGAAAGGCCGUCAAGAUGUUGCUGCAACACAGAAGUCAAGAAUGGAAAUGUUCUUUAAUCAAUUGGACAUCACUCACUGUCAUCAUUAAAAUGAUCAUUGCUUA